GUUGAAGACUACCGGUGGUGUUCAAGUAUAGACGACAGCCACAAAGAUAAUAUAAUGGAGAUGGCAGGUCAGGACAGAAACACUGGCAUUGAGCCAGCACAAAACUGGUCCACUGGCUCAAUUCCCAGAAUCUUUGCCUUCAUAAAAAAACAAGACAGUCGAGCCGAGAGUUGAAGAUGGGUAGAAAACACAAACGACCCUGCAUAGAAGAAGCACCUCAAACUUUUUUUUCUUUCUUAUUUUAUCUUACCGGAGUCAAUAGGUUUUGCAUUCUACUUUCUAACGUAUUUUAAUCCAAGACACAAGUGUCUGAAAUAUAUAUCCAAAGGUACCUCCCAUACACCCUAACUCUGCCCUUUGGUUUCCUUAUAUGGGGAUCAUGGGUAGGUCUAAAGUAUGACCGGAUAUCAUCCUCCACACCUCCUCAGACGCAGGCUAAGGAUCUACUAGCUGUGAGCUACUAAAUAGACCAUAUUUCUUCUGUAUUAGUAGCUUAUGGGGUUAAAUUCGGCACCUAGAUGCCCCCCGGAAUACGUGACGAGUUAGUGUUUCAUUGUCAAGAAUACUGCGGGGAAACUGUUACUGAUAUUUCUGUGGCUGCACAGGAUCUAAGAGCACACCUUUCAAACUGUGCAGAUAUGAGUAAAGUUAGGACUCUGAGUGGGACCUGAAUGCUGGUGUCGAGACAGGAUGAGUGACAACACUGUAUCGCCUGAGGGUGCAGAGAGUGGGAAGAAUGAACAUGUCCGCCACUGGCUACAUAGUAGUCCCUCUGCCCCACAGGAGUAUAAUGAGGACGUUGCAGGGUCAAGUCUUCUCUGCCCUGGUAAACAGAGUCACCUAGCUGUCUGUCAAUGAAGAGUGAUCACUCAAUGGGUCAGCCAAUCAACUUACACCGAGGACAUGGCACAAGAGACAAAAGGGAGGGUGCAGAGUCACCUACAUCCAGCUGUGUGUCAAUGAGGAGUGACCGCUCAAUGGAUCCACCGAUAAACUACAGGAGAGAGUUUAUUCCCAAUCACAGGGAGGGACCAGACUCACCUACACCCAGCUAUCUGUCAAUGAAGAGUGACCAGUCAAUGGGUCCAUCUUCAAGGAUGAUGACAUCAGACACAACACAACUGUCCGUUGGUGGAGUGCAUGCAACAAUGCUUACAGAACAUCAUGGCAUGAACAGAGUCAGCGACCUCAGAGAAUUACCACAGAGAAUCGAAGACUGGACUAAGGAGCAUGUGAAAGAGUGGCUAACUAGUAGCCUCAAACUCCCUGAGGUUGUAACAAAACUUUAUGAACAGAAUGUGUCAGGAGCUAGCCUGGUUUGCAUUGAGAAACAGGACUUGACUGAUUUAGGUGUUAAGUUUGGGCCUGCGAUUCAAAUCAUAAAAAAUGUAGAGAUACUGAGAAACUACUUGGAGAGUGUAGGGAGAAGCAUGAGAUCCCCUGAGAGUGACCCCUUCAGAAGACAGGAGAGAUUUAGAUUUAGAGCCAUACCAGAAGCUAGGAUGGGGUCACAUGAGGAAACUCUGGAUUCUGACAGUGUGAAAUCGGAGUCGGUGGCUCCAAGUCUAAGCUCUUCAUGGACAUCAGUGGAAGAAUUGAGACAUUCCGAUUCAGAUGUUGCAUCCCCCAUUCAACUGCCAAUGGGAGAGUCAGAAUCCAUUCCAGCGUAUGGAAAUAUGGAGGACAAUACAAGACAAAGUGAGACUUCCAUCUCAUCAUUUGACCACUUGAGAGAAACUGCUCCGAAUCUGGAGAAGAGAAUAUGUCCCCCACGUCCCUUUGACAAAAACGAUCUAUCGUUCACAUACAUACAAAAUGAUACCCUCCCCCCUGAAUCCGGUCCAAGCAAUCUCAUUGACCCGGUACAUGAGUACAAGAUCCUGCAAGCACAGAGGAAGCCAGUGAGAAAGAUAUCCUGGAAAAGUUUAGCAACGAAGUGUUUCGUUUUUUCCGCAGGCUGCAUGAACUCUCGCACCAAUGGGACCAUUCACUUUGGGGUGACAGGCGGGCCCGGACACAUGCAUGGACAGGUGAUUGGGCAAAACCUGCCAUCAUUCAAUAUGUAUACAGACAAGUUUGACUUGCGUCUCAAGGAACACUUUGGAGAAGAAACAAACAUCGCAAGAGCAUGCAUCAGGCCUCCAAAAUUCUUUCAGGUUCAACAUCUAGAUGGCGCGACUUCAGACAAGUGGGUGAUAGAAGUUGAUGUUGUCCCAAGUUAUUCAGACUCAAGAGAAGCUUUUCUAUACCUCAAUAAUAUCUGAACAAAAUGGAGAAGAAUACAAAACUGAAUGUCUAUUUAUUCGACAAGGCCCAAAGAGCAUCAACAUUCUUGCAGACAAUAAUCCCAACAGUCUUCAGGAGAAGAUGAGAGGUUUGACACAGGAAGUCAAAUAUUGGUGAUCAGCACGCAAGUCAAAAGAGGAGAGCAACUGUCAGCAGCCCAACCAAAACUACCAAGGGCAGAGGCUAAAACAAUUGAUAACUCAUGGGAGAGACACACUUAAACUCAUUGCAAGUUACAGUUGUCACAAACAAGUGUCACCCCAGUCAACUUGAACAUUUUUUUUUUUUUUUUAAGAGAUUAAGUUGUUUGUAGUGCUCGAGUGCCCAGAAUCUGACAUGAACGGGACAUGCAGUUUCUACAGAACAGAUCGCAUAGCUAAUCUUCACUACCCUCGAAUGUACAAUAGUGUCUCCACUGUUAUCGGAAAGCUGAACUUGUUUAAGCAGACAAGCUGGGUCUUUUGUAAUGGUUGAGCAAAUGAGGUCAGUGAAGCAGACAGACCUUUCACUACCAGUGAAUGGCUGAAGAAAUGUGCUGGAGAAAUCAGCGACAUGGUUUUCUCUGCAAUCCAGAUGUUUUGUCGAAAGACAUUACUUGUGGUGUUCAUGCUUUACUCAGGAGUCACUGACAUCUCAAGCCCUAUACUUGAGGCCUUUUGUGCGAUCUAUCGCACUCUUGAGGGUGAGGAUAAUAUGCUCUGCAUAUGCAAAGAUUAAAAUGUAUUCAGUCAAUGGAGAGACAUGAUAAACACUCGCUGCAAAGUGGAUAUCACCAGUAAAUGUAUCUACGAAUUGAGCCUGAAUGAAAUCGACUGCACCAUCAGGAAAAUCAAAGAACCCCAGACACGGCUCCAGUUCAGUCCUCCUGACACAAAAAGAUUAAGAGCUGAUGACCAUACUUGAUAUACUGAGUGAAAAUGAAUGUGAGAACAUUGAAAUCGAAACCAAGGACACUUUUGAGGAAUUCAAGACCAACACGGAGAAGGACUUUUACAAAGGCGGACAAGUGACUUGGUGGAACUUCUACUUAUCCGAGAGGCCAUGUUGUCUGCCAUUCAUCAAACGUGACAAGUAUGAGGCUCUUCACAACCUGAUCACACCUACAGAGGGGUACACAUCGCCAUGCGUAAUAAUACACCUCUUCCAUCAUCCAGGCUGUGGUGGAACAACACUGGCCAUGCAUGUGUUGUGGAACUUGAGAUGUAAAUUCAGAUGUGCCAUUCUGAAAAACACCACAGUACAGAACAGCGAGAUCGCAGUCCAAGUCACACACCUGCUGACCUGUGGCAAAGAGAAGCAGUUGAGUUAUUCUCCUGUUCUACUCUUGGUGGACAACUGGGAGGACGUUGAAGACCUACAGAGAUGCAUACUAAGUGCAGCCAACGAGAAGAAAAAACCUGAGACUCUGAUGGUCAUCAUACUGAACUGUGAGAGAUUACAGAUUCCUGCAGUGAACUCUAGAAACAGCCGACUUGACAACGUCUUCAUUAUCAACAAACUCUCCACCAAAGAGCAGAGCUUCUUUGAGAUGAAACUGAAAGAGCUCAAAGGUCACCAUGAAAAACCUGAAACGUUCUACGCCUUCAUGAUCAUGACAAACAAUUUCAGUGAGAAGUACAUAGAGAAUCUGGUGCGCAACACCCUGAAAGACCUUGACACCUCCAGAAAAGAAAGACAGCUAUUUUCACUCUUAGCUUUGCUAAAUACAUAUGUGAACGGCUCCUACAUGGCCCUGUCCCUCUGUGACGAGUUUGUGGGGAUUAGGAAUGCUCUGUGGGGAAAAGAAACACUUGAGGACAAAAUGAACCCAUACUCCACGCUUCUGAUCCUCUUCAACAUUGAAGAGCACGGCACCUAUCAGGCAGUUUGGUUUCUACACCAAAUGAUUGCAAGUAAUUGCCUCAAAGUCCUCACCGGAAAGCACAAGCUUCAACUGGGGGAAAUAACAACCAAUCUGUUACACUGUCUUUUUGAAGCCACGGCUGAAGGAGAUGUUCAGUUUUUUUGAGAACUACUUCACAUACGUGAAGCCAAGGUCAAUUGAGAAGGAGACAGCAGAGGACAGAAACAAACGAAAAGUAUCAGAGCACUUCAAGAAGUACAUUCACAUCUUCUGUUCCUCGGGAGAAGAGAGGUCCUCUGAAAGAGCCAGUUAACCAAAACCGAGUCUCCGGCAGGAGAUAGAGGAGCAGCGAAACUAUUUGGAGCAAAAGCGAGCAGAUUCAUUUGCUGGUCUUCUCCAGUAUCUGAAUGAGAAGAAUGGGAAUCAAAUUGAAUUAAUUCUGAAGAAAUGGCAGUUCAUUGUUCAGAAUUCUACACGGAAACUCAUGGCUGACCGGAUUAAUUUCAUCCUUGCAAACAUUGUUCUUCACUGCAUUAAGCCAAGCUCAACAUUGCUGAAGAGGUACGACGAGCUGGUCUCCCUUCUCAAUGAGGCACUGCAAGAAGAGGGAACCCAUUCAAACUGCACAGAGCUGUACUACCUCUCAAUGUUGCUGAUGUGGCCAAGAAAGGACAACCUGCUUGAGAGCACCACAACAUUCAAAAACAUUGGCAUGUAUGGCACUUCAUCGAAAAAAUCUUUCCAUUGUCGCUUCUCCCUCAUGUUUCCGGCGAAGAGUUGCAUCGCACAUUUCUACCUUGGGAAAUCAAGAGGACUGAGGAGAAUAAUUCACAAAGGCAGGCUUGAUCAGUUCCUGUACAAAGAGGGACUCAAAACCUCACACAAGAACACCUCAUCGAAAGAUAGACCCCCAAACCCGCAUCAACUUUGGCAAAGUGGAACAAUAUGGAGGGAUCCUGAGAUACAAAACUUGUUACUACGGGUCAAAGGGAAAACUGAAAACGGUGACAUUUAUGUUUACUACGGGGGCAAUCUGAAAAUCUCAGUGCGUCCAAUAUACCUUGGUGGAGUCCGGAGUGGAUGCAGCACGGAGGAGGUCUCCUUUUACCUUGGAUUCACCAUGGAGGGACCCGCAGCUUAUGACAUAAAGUACGAAAAUUACCAGUAAACAGCUUACCAUCAGGUAGACUGAGGAAGGGAUGCAAGCGUUCGCACUUAGGGAAAGGAAAGGCUUCCAUUGAAGUUAUAUAGGCCUAGAGUUUUUGACUGGGGUGAAUGUCUGUGAACCAGGACAGAAUCACAUUAAGUAAGAUACCAGUGUGCUCUUGUCACUGUGUGAAGAAACCCAACCUCAACCACCUGGAUAUAAUCAAAGCGGAGAGAACAGGUGUCGGGUGACAUGCAGCAAUGAAUCAUUCAUGCUUUUAGAGGUGAAACAAUGAUAAUCAAUCUUGCAUCAGAAUGGAUUGUAAUGUCUCUAAGUCCCUCUAAUUGUGUCUCUAAGUCCCUGUAAUUUUGUCUCUAAAUCCCUCUAAUUCUGUCUCUAAGUCCCUCUAAUUGUAACAUACAGUACUAAACAGUAGCAGACCAAUGAACAAGGAUUGUAGACCUAUAAAGCAUUUGCAACUAUUCAAUGCUUAAAACAUGUUUUAUGGUUUUGCAUUGUGUUUGUUGAAAGUAUGGAAUGAUUAUUAUGUUACAAAACAUAUUGACUUUCUGCAAGUUACGUAGCUUCUUCAGUUGUUUGUCUAAAUACAUUCAAUUGCGUGGUUAUUUGAAAUGAUAUGCUACAUUAUUUACAAGAGACAAGAAAUUAGGAGAAAACUUAUUGUCAAUGUUUGUUAAUGGAAUGAAGAGGA